AUGGCUUAUGACCAAUAUAUUGCCAUACAUGAUCCACUUCAUUAUAUAAAAACAAUGAAUGCAUUAUUUUGUAAACAAUUAGUAGGAAGUGCUUGGACUACUGGAUUGUUAUAUGCUAUUGCAAAUACUGUGCCUGUACUAAAGCUCGUAUUCUGUGGUCCAAAUAUUAUCAGACAUUUCUCUUGUGAAUUUCCAUCUCUUCUUGCCUUGUCUUGCACUGAGACCACAGCAAGUAAAAUAAUGUUCUAUGUUACUAGUGCAAUAGUUGGGAUGUUCACAUUCUCACUUACUCUAGUUUCCUAUGUCAAUAUUUUCAUCACAAUCCUAAAGAUGAAAUUAGCAGAAGCUAGGAAGAAAACCUUUUCCACCUGCAGUUCUCAUCUCAUUGUGAUGGCUUUAUUCUAUGUUACUGGCUACUUUCAGUAUCUGAGACCCAAUUCAAUCUCUUCAGUUGUUAUGGAUGAACUCUUCUCUGUGCAAUAUAGCAUUUCUACCCCCAUGUUAAACCCAAUUAUCUACAGUCUGAAGACUAAAAAAGUAAGGGAGGCUAUUAAACAGCUGUUAAAUUUUAAACAAAUAAACCAAUGA